CAAAAACAGGAACUCAAGUGAAUCUAACGAUAACGAAGGGCUUAUAACUGCUGGUUGGCAUAAAAGAAUAAAAAUGGCAUUUCUGAGGUCAGUGGCCACAACAUCCACUGCCAUAGCAGUCUCUGCUCUCCCCGCUGCCUUUGCCUUCUGCUCUCAAUCUUCUCAGUUCCCCAAAACGCAAAACCUCUCAUUCCUCAACUCCACACCCAAUCCUUCCCCAACUCGCUUUGGCCUCGUCAAGAGUUUCGCUAACACGCCCUCAGCUCUUCACAUGGACGCCCCCACGUCUGUUCACAAACCCACCUCUCAGGGUGAUGCUGACUUGCCAGAGCUACUGACCGAGUACAUGGUGGAUAUGAAUUGUGAGGGUUGUGUCAAAGCUGUCAAGAAUAAAUUACAAACUGUUCAUGGGAUAAAAAAUGUUGAGGCGGACUUAAGCAAUCAAGUGGUGAGGAUUCUUGGUUCAACGUCUGUGAAGACCAUGAGUGAAGCUCUAGAGCAGACAGGUCGAAAAGCUCGAUUAAUUGGGCAAGGGAUCCCAGAAGAUUUUCUAAUUUCUGCUGCUGUGGCGGAAUUCAAAGGUCCUGAGGUUUUUGGCGUGGUUCGCUUGGCUCAGGUAAAUAUGGAAUUGGCUAGGAUUGAAGCCAGCUUUAGUGGGUUGUCUCCUGGAAAACAUGGUUGGUCUAUUAAUGAAUUUGGAGAUCUGACAAGAGGUGCGGCCAGCACUGGCAAAGUGUUCAAUCCAAUAAAUGGAGGAAGUGCAGAAAAGCCACUUGGCGACCUGGGAACAUUAGAUGUUGAUGAAAAAGGUGAGGCCUUCUUCUCAGGCAUGAAAGAGAAGCUUAGGAUUGCUGAUCUUAUUGGGCGAUCUAUAGUGGUAUAUGGAACUGAAGAAAAAUCAGAUCCAGGUGUGACAGCUUCAGUAAUUGCUAGAAGUGCUGGGGUUGGUGAGAACUACAAAAGCAUUUGCACUUGUGAUGGAACCACCAUAUGGGAAGCAAGUGACAGAGAUUUUAUGGUCAGCAAGGUGUGAGUAUCAUAAGUAAACCCAACAAAAACUUCUCCUACUAUCGUAGGCAUCUUGGAUUCCUGGUGAUGACAUUGUAGUUUAUGUGUUGUAUGUUCUAAUAAUUCAAAAUUCCACUGUAAGAAACAAAAUGUCCAAAUAUAUAUAUAUAUAUAUAUAUAUAUAUGAAACAAUGACAGCAGUACUUUUAAUAAAUGAUAAGAACACAACACCUCUUCCUUUGUUGAUUCAAGUCAGUUAUGUACGCAGGCUGCUGAAAUUUUGAGCUUGCAUGCUUAUCGUGGUUAUGAAAUAAUAGCACAUUUACACUUG